AUGACGCACCAGAGCGGCGGAAAUACGGUCUUGCUCACCGAGCAAGAAGCACAACGCAUUCGGGCUACUGUCCAAGAGACGCAGAAGCAAUGUUCGGAGCGCAAAGGAAAUGCCAGAGAGUUCAGAGAUGCCCACGCCACAGUCAGCCAGGCAACUGGCACUUCUCUCAUGAUGGACAUGGGCAGCAUGACUGGACAAGGUCAGAGGGAAACAUUGCCAGCUCUUGGCGUUGGGCAGGCCUAUCCACCAAGCACUGCCUCUCUCCAAGACUUAAAGCCUAUGAAGUUCACUGAACUCCAGAUGGACACGCAUCACCGGGGCCGUUCGCUCGCCGUCAAGCGUGCCAACCGUUGUCCAGUAAUAACCCUUGCAGCCCGGUCAUGGACGGUGGUGCAAGACGAGGAGGAAAAGGAGACUGAGAGGCUGGAAAUUUGUUUGCAUAAGACAACAGACGGCGAAGACACGUUGGAAUCGGCACGUCGUUAUAUCAUCAAGGAGCCUUAUUUCACCCUGACCGAGGAUGGAGAAGCCACACUUCGAAUCGAUCACCCUUCAGACCUGGUUGUGUGCCGGGAUGAGAUUGUCAAGGGCAGCUCCACCCAGAUGGAGGACGCAGUCAAAGCAGAAGAGCUGGCCAAAAAGUGCAAGGACAAGGGCAAUGCAGCACUGCAGAAGAAGGAUCUGCCGCUCACUCGCGAAAGCUACACCCAAGGUCUCAAGCUUGCACGACAAGAAGCUGUGCAGAAGACAAAUCCUGAUUUGGCGCGAGACAUCGCUCGCAACCGGGCCCAUGUCCAUCUGUUACUGGACCGACAAGAUGAAGCAAUCGCCGACGCAAAAUCGUCUUUGAUCGGCGCAGACGACCGACGAUCAAAGGAGCUCGAUAGCAAAGCCUAUUUCCGCGCUGGUAGCGGUGCAUACAACUUGGGCCAGUACCAGCAGGCCAAAGAAUACUUCGAACAGGCUAAGAAGCUUGCCCCUGAAGAGAAAGGAGCGGCCAUUUACCUGCGAAAGGUUGAGAUGCGCCUACGCGAGCAAGCAGAAGGAAACUAUGACUUGCACAAAAUCAGGGCCAAUCUCUCCCGAGCUUCAUCGCGGGCUGACGCUGCUAGCUUCACAGGCAAGACUGAAGUGAAGAAUAGUGCAGGACGAGGCCGUGGCUUGUUUGCGAACCGUGACAUCGCCGCCGGGGAGAUCGUCAUGGUUGAAAAAGCUUUCUGUGUGGUCUGGGGUCACGAGAGCGAGGUUUUGACAGCAAUGACAUACGAUGUGCGCGAUGACAGAAUCAGAGUGGCGCCCGUGGGCUUGACCAAGGCCAUUACCCAAAAGCUGUCAAGAAACUCUUCCCAGAUUGGAAGAGUAAUGGAUCUCUACGGCGACUACCAAGGUGAAAGCGAAGCAGCGGCCAUUACUGAUGAGGGCCCUGUUGUCGACGUCUUUCGGGUCCACGACAUUGUGUCGCGCAAUGCCUUCGGUCCCGGCGGCCAAUACGGCGAGGAGGGUGCAAGGAAUGCCAGCACUGGUCUUUGGGUUUGGGCCGCUUACAUCAACCACUCCUGCAUCGCCAACGCCAAGAAGGAGUAUGUCGGCGACCUAAUGGUGCUGCGCGCCCUUCGCCCCAUCAAGAAAGGCGAGGAGAUCUUCCACAGUUACGACGAGUCCGCCGAUUACGAAGCAAGGCAAAGGGCGUUGAUGACGACUUGGGGCUUCGAAUGCAGCUGCGCGCUUUGCGCAGCCGAGAAGACGGAUGACGACAAGUUGCGGAAGAAGCGCUACAGUCUGGCGAAUGAUGCUGACGACUUCGUCAACACAACGCAUUGGACCAAUGCGAAACGAAUUGCUAUUGCGAAGGCACAGCGUCUUGCGCGGGAAAUAGAUGCUACGUAUGAUGACAAGAAGUACGACGGUGUGCCUCACUUGGCUUCAGAGAGAAUCCGAGAAUGGAUUGGGAAAGCGACUCCUCUUAGAUCAUAA